AUGGACGAUGAAAGCUGCGUCAGCUUACUCGAGGAUAAAUCCAUACUAAGCUACAAGAGCUAUUGGCUCAACUGCGGGGUUGAAAAGUAUCAAAAAAUAUUCGAACUAUUCAGCUUCGGCAAUGUCACCGACGUACCAGAUGGAAUGGUUCUUUCGGAGUUGAUGUGGAAAAAAAUUCGCACAUUGACGCUAUUAACUCUCUUUCAGAAUCAUAGGAUCUUAUCGUUUGAUUCCAUACGCAGUGCUUGCAGGGUACCAAACGCGGCCGAUGUCGAAGAAUUGACAAUAGCUCUGCGCGGCAUUGUGGAUUUUGAAACAGAUGAGGUUGGACAAAAAAUCGAAGUACUGUUUUGCAAGCGAGCGAGGGACGUAUACUGCGGAGAGAAAGAGCUUUUGAUUUUACCCAAGGCUUCAACCUCCAAGCGUGAUCUUGAAGUUGCUUUAACUAAAUGGAAGGAGAAACUAGUCAAACAUGUGUGUCAUGAUAAAUAA